CACCGCUCCAGUCUCCGCAGCGCCCCCAACCUCAAAAGAGUUCAGAAGUUUCCAGACCUCCACAAGGUGAAGCGGAUAUGAGUUCCUCCGGCGGCCGCGGGAAGGCGAAGCCGGCGACCAAGUCGGUGUCGCGGUCCUCCAAGGCCGGGCUCCAGUUCCCCGUCGGUCGCAUCGCGCGGUACCUCAAGGCCGGCAAGUACGCGGAGCGCGUCGGCGCCGGGGCCCCCGUGUACCUCUCCGCCGUCCUCGAGUACCUCGCCGCCGAGGUGUUGGAGCUGGCCGGGAACGCGGCGAGGGACAACAAGAAGAACCGCAUCGUGCCGCGCCACAUCCAGCUGGCGGUGCGGAACGACGAGGAGCUGAGCAAGCUGCUGGGCACCGUGACGAUCGCGGCCGGUGGCGUGAUGCCCAACAUCCACCAGACGCUGCUGCCCAAGAAGGCUGGCGGCCACAAGGGGGACAUCGGCUCCGCUUCCCAGGAGUUCUGAGCGCGUCUUUGAUGUUUCUUGCGGGUUUUUGGAUGUUUGGGGGUUUUUUAUGGAACUUUGCUGGAUGUAAACAAACGCUGUGCGUUGGCUCAUGAAUGAAUGAAUGAAUGAAUAGAAGAGACAUUUACCAUGA